AUUGUUCCCUGAUAAUAUCAAUUGUUUCUUUGUUGACAUUACGGACUUAUUUAAGUGAAAUUGGAUAAAUGGUCAUCUCACGAUUUUCCUCCGUUCAAACUGUCUUGGUUCCGCUACUGAGCGGUUCUUAGUUCGCGAUGUUCGACGGGCGGUCGGUGAUCUAAUAAAAAAACAAAAACCGGGAAGCAAUGAAAGUAUAAGUUGUGCAAAACAAAAUGUGAAGGCGGCUUGGACGUUUUAUGCUGGCUCUGUUGAUAUUGGAUCGCAGCAAGUGUCGGACCAUUGAGGUGUUAGCACGUCUUUAGGAAUGGAUCUAUCCAAGUACUUGGCUUUUGUUAUUGUGCUAUUCGUCGACGGUGGCGAAUCUGGCGGCCAUGGAGGAAAACACCAUGAUCAUGUCAAACUUCAUAUGCCAGAGUUUAUUCAUCACGACCAUCAUACAAAGGUGAUUACGAUCCACCAUCAUCAUCAUAAACCGAAGAAAGAACAUCAUCAUCAUCACCAUCACCAUCACCAACCGAAGCCACAUAUUCCUCAGCACCAUUAUAAUCACCAUCAUCAUAAAACAACUCUUAAAACAACUACCGUGUCAAAAGGUCACAAGCAAGUUGGUCACGGUCAUGCUGGUCACCAUGGCCACCACAGUCAUCAUGGUAGUAGCCACGGCACCCACGGGCAUGGUGGUCACUAUGGUCAUCAUGGGCCAUCACAUCAUGAUUCGCCAUCAUUUAAUCACGACAUACCAUCGAUUAGUCACGACCCAGGCCACGUUUCAUUUGAAGAUGAUUUUAAAUCUUUUACUCCAUCGAUACCAGUUAACAUUCCUCAUAACCCACACGUUCAUGGAGUUGUGCAUACAGUUAAACAAGUAAAAGUGUUUGAUUCGUUGCCAGGCUCUAUAAAGAGUAACACAGGUUCCGGAUCUAAUGGUUACGAAGUGACUGAAGAAGGCGACGAAGGUGAUGAAGAUGCUUUUACAUCCAUCAAUACAAUUCCUCAAACAUACCAAGGUACAUACGGUUUUGUAAGAAGUGCUGCACCGCAAGCCGAAACUUACCCAGGAGUAGCACUUCAAAGUACUGUGCAAUUGAACCACGAUCCGUUCUCAGCGGCGCCUGGACCGAGUGCGUUUGCUGGAUUAGAGAACUUCUCAAGUGAUGGUCAAGAUUCUUUCCCAAGUUCGUUAGCUACUCAAAGUACCAAUGGUCACGCUCUUCCUGAGUUCGCCGGACAUACUGAGCAGAUAUCUGGUUUUGACGAUCCCGAAAAUAGUUUUGUUGGUAAUGAUAUUAGUAGUACUUCGUUACUUUCUGCAGAAGCAAAUGAUGAUAUACCAGUGACUUAUUCAAGAGAGGCGGGCAUACAACAAUCUGUAAACACUGGGGGCCUACAAACUGUUGUAUACUAAA